CCCAAGAGCCAUUGCCCUGGUUGUAAAACUUUGAUGAAUAAGGGAUUGACUUACGUGUCACCCCCUGCUACCCAGGUGGGGUCCUCAUCAUCAUCAUCAUCAUUUGGGGCUGACCAGUCAGGUGGUUUCGUCAGAGGUGUGGUUACUUAUAUGAUAACGGACGACUUGGAUGUGAAGCCUAUGUCUACUAUCUCCAGCAUAGCUUUACUUAAUUCCUUCAAUGUUAAGGAGAUUUGUUCUCUUCAGGAGAAGACUGUUUCAGUUGGUAUUAAUGAGGGAUUGAAUUUGUUGAAGGCGUCUCUGCAUACUAAAUCAGUUCUUACCCAUGUGUUCUUGGAGAAGAGGGAACCCAUCCCAAUUUAAUUAAUGUUCUCCAGCUCAAGUCUCUCUUCAAUGGUAGAAAUGAAAAUCUUUAGAGUUGAAAGAGUUUUUUUUUUCUUUUUCCAAUGAAGUAUUUGUUGAGAUAUUUCAUGCAUGCAUGUUCUAGUUAAUUAAGUUCAGUUAUUUUCUUCGAGUAUUAUUUCAUCCCAUUACAGUAUAUAUAUUCAAACCCUUUUUUUCAUCAACUCUGAUUAUAAAAAUUACAAAUGCAAUUAUAUAAGAUAAUCCCAAGUCAUAUUUAACGAUAUUCACUCUUUAGUCCCUUGACAUAUCUGUAAUUCAUUUUGGGAAAUUCACAAAAACAC